AUGGCGAUCAGUAUACCAGUGAAAUUACUGAAUGAAGCUCAGGGACAUGUUAUUACAGUGGAGUUGACUUCGGGAGUCUCGUAUAAAGGUAAAUUAAUUGAGUCCGAAGAUACUAUGAACGUUCAACUUAAAGACGCUACAAUGACCAAUACUAACGGAUCCACCCAAUACCAGCCACAGGUUUUCAUUAGGGGGUCACAGAUUAGAUUUUUCGCUGUGCCUGAGAUUCUGAAACACGCGCCUAUGUUUGAUCCCAACCACGUUAAACCACCAGCUCCAAUAAGAGGCCCAAAAAGAAAAUGA